AUGCAUUUGUCUGUGGAAACAAAUGUUUACCAGUUAAAUUGGCUUAACCUAUCCGUAAAAAUAUUUGAUUUAUUUAUCUCCUUUGCACAAUUGUUUUUAUUCAUGCUGAAAAGAGUAAUACGCGUGGAAAAGUCUUCGAAAUGUGGAUUUAAUGAAAUGACACUUAAAAAUUCGAAAGAAUCUGCACGAAACGAAUUGGGAACUAAAUCACAAUUCACCUGUCAUCAACAAUUAGUACAAAUAUAUGAUGACAACAGAAGAUUUCAAAUAGCCCGCCUUCGUCGUGGAGGAGUGUUUCAAUUUUCAUCAGUCAAGGUUAGCCUAUUUCAUUUGCUGGAGUUGUAUGGUGAUAAAUCUCUCUUUUGUGUUUCAAAUGUAAUGCAAGAGGCCAGCAAUCGCUACUGUCUGUUGACCAUAGCAGACAAUAUCCGGAUUUUGUCUUCUGAAGGAUUUCUAAGGUGA